ACAGGAAGAGCAAGGGCCGUGCACACAGAGGAGGGGGGGAAACUGCAGCCUGUGUGGAUUUUUCUAAAUGUAUUUAUGCACCUCGUCUCCGUUCCGCCUAUGUUAAUGAUUUGUGUUAGCUAUGUAAAUGUCCCUUUAGUUUAUUGGCGCCACCGUCAGCUCUUCCUUCUACCUCAACAGUAAGCGUAUUAUCAAGCUAUCUUGACUGGAUCCAGCCUGCCACUGAACUUCCCGUCACUGAGAAGAACGCAGACGGAGAGAUCGAGCAGCUGAAUAGGGAAUAUAGGGGUUGUCAAUCUACACGAAGACCAGACGGGUAGACAAAUCGAUAUCAUUGUCUUCUUUUAGUCGACGAGACGGGUCUCGACUGGCUUGCUUACCAACCUGCGUUGUAUUCCUUGCUUGAGCACCUAGCUGCAGUUUGCCCCACUGUCGUCGAGGCUCGAUACAACCACUGGUGGGGGGUUUAAUGGGAUCCUUGUUUCAAUAGAACUCCCUUCUCCCACCCCCCGACGGACCUUCGCUCGAAUCCGUCUCGGGCGCUGUCUUCCCCGGGGGGUGCCGGUUUUUGCUCAGUCUGACUGGGGAAGGAGGGCGGCCCCCCCCAGCAUUGACUGUCGCUCUGGCCGACCCUAGUGGAGCCUAAUAUGGCAGGAAAUCUGAAGAAAGGCGGAGGACUGAUCGGGAUGAUGAAGGACGCGUUUCAGCCCCAUCACCACCUCCAUUCCCAUCACCAACCUGGGGCCGUGGACAAAAAGACGGUGGAGAAAUGCUGGAAACUAAUGGACAAGGUGGUGCGACUCUGCCAGAACCCCAAGCUGGCCCUGAAGAACAGCCCACCUUACAUCCUGGAUCUGCUGCCAGACACCUACCAGCACCUUCGCACCAUCUUGUCCCGCUACGAGGGAAAGAUGGAGACGCUCGGCGACAACGAGUAUUUCCGCGUCUUCAUGGAGAACCUGACCAAGAAGACCAAGCAGACCAUCAGCCUUUUCAAGGAGGGAAAGGAGCGCAUGUACGAGGAGAACUCGCAGCCCAGACGGAACCUGACCAAGUUGUCGCUGAUCUUCAGUCACAUGCUGGCCGAGCUCAAAGCCAUCUUCCCCAACGGCCUGUUCCAGGGGGAUAACUUCCGAAUCACCAAGGCUGACGCCGCCGAGUUCUGGAGAAGAUCGUUUGGGGACAAGACGAUAGUGCCUUGGAAGGUGUUCCGGCAGGCACUGCACGAGUUCCACCCUAUCAGCUCGGGCCUGGAAGCCAUGGCCCUCAAGUCCACCAUCGACCUCGCCUGCAAUGACUACAUCUCCGUCUUCGAGUUUGAUAUCUUCACCAGGCUCUUCCAGCCUUGGUCAUCUCUGCUGAGGAACUGGAACAGCCUGGCGGUGACUCACCCGGGCUACAUGGCCUUCCUCACCUACGAUGAGGUCAAGGCCCGGCUGCAGAAGUUCAUCCACAAACCUGGCAGCUACAUCUUCAGGCUGAGCUGCACGCGGCUGGGCCAGUGGGCCAUCGGCUACGUCACUGCAGAUGGGAACAUCCUGCAGACCAUCCCCCACAACAAGCCCCUCUUCCAGGCCCUCAUCGACGGCUUCCGGGAAGGAUUCUACCUGUUCCCCGACGGGCGCACCCAGAACCCAGACCUCACAGGACUGUGUGAGCCCUCGCCACAAGACCAUAUUAAAGUCACACAGGAGCAAUAUGAGCUGUACUGUGAGAUGGGCUCCACCUUCCAGCUGUGUAAAAUCUGUGCGGAGAACGACAAGGACGUGAAGAUCGAGCCCUGCGGUCACCUCAUGUGUACCUCCUGUCUCACCGCCUGGCAGGAGUCGGAGGGUCAGGGCUGCCCGUUCUGCCGCUGUGAGAUCAAGGGCACGGAGCCCAUCGUGGUUGACCCCUUUGACCCCAAGGACCCCAUAGGCGGCUCCUGUAGGGGCCUGUUCGGGGCAGAGGGCGCCCCCUCGCCCAGCUACGAUGAUGACGACGACGACCGGCUGGACGACCCCCACCUCAUGAUGAGCAAGCUGGCCUGUUCCAAGGUGGAGCGUCCCCCCUCGCCCAUGUCCCUGGCGCCCCAGUCCUCCCUGCCCCCCGUGCCCCCCCGCCUUGACCUCCUGCAGCACCGACCACCUAACCCCCCAGGAGCAUCCAGCCCAGGGGCCACAUCCAAGGCGUCCUCCCACCACAAGGACAAGCCUCUCCCCCUGCCCCCAGCCCUGAGGGACCUGCCACCCCCUCCUCCCCCAGACAGACCUCUCUCUGCCGGGCCUGACGGGUGGCUCGGCAGACGGCCCCUACCCUGCACCCCCCUGGGGGAGCCCAAGCUGCCCCCGGCCCCGCCCAACCGCAACCUGGCCGACUGGAACCCCAGGCCAGUUCCCAAGGCCCCCGGACAGCCACCCAGUGUGGGAGACACACGGGGGGUCCGGGAGCUCUCCAAUAGACACUCGCUCCCCCUGGCCCUACCCUCAGUGCUAGACGGAUGCACCGACGGACAGAGGAACAACAGCUCGCUCAGUCUGGACCAUCAGCUGGAGAAGGGAGCCCAGAGUUUUGGAGGCACGGCGUCUGGCAGUCAGGCGUAUGACAACCCCAAAGUGAAGCCUUCAGUCUCGGCAAAUGCCAUCUAUGCUCUGUCAACAAGACCCCACCCAGGUCUGAAGCCAGUGGCUGGGGAGGAGGCCUACGAGAGUGACGAGGAGUCCGACUACAUGAUCCCCACCUCUCGGCCCGUCCUGGUCCCCAUGGCAGAGACCCCAGUCCCCAAACCCCCCCAGCCUACCUCUCUCAACUCAUGGCCCAUGCUGAAUGACCUGGAUGAAGGACCUCAAAUGUAUGAAGCCAUGUAUAACGUCCAGGUCCAGGCUCACCUGGCCAGAGACUCGGAUUACUCUGAGCUGCCCCCCUUGGCCAGUACCAAUUGUCCCAUCUGGGAGAUCCCUUGCCCGGUGCGGGAGCCCCCUGAGGAGGUAGAGGAGGAAAACGGCUACGACAUCCCCAAACCAGCGUUGCCCAUGGCCCCGGCCCGGCGCACCCUGUCCGAGCUGGGGGCCACUUCCAGCGCCGCCUUCAACCGUCUCUCCAUGGACAGCGAGCCCGGAGCAUCCGCCUCCUUCUCAGAUUCCAGCGACGCCCCAGAGCGGCCGCCCAAGCCCCUCCCCCGCCGCAUCAACUUUGAGCACCGGCCCAUACCUCCUGGAUUAGGCGGUGGUGGUGGUGGUGGUGGUGGAGGAGGAGGGGGAGGAGGAGGUGGAGGAGUAGCCAACCCCCAGAUCACCAGUGAGAUCGAGCAUCUCAUGAGGCAAGGCUACACCUACCAGGACAUCCAGAAAGCCCUGAUGAUUGCACAGAACAAUAUGGAGAUGGCCAAGAAUAUCCUGCGCGAGUUUGUCUCCAUUCCCUCCACGGCUCACAUUCUUACAUAGUACCUCCUCUGCUCCAGCCCUGCCCAGCUCAGCCCAAAGUCCAUUGCCUGCAGUACUAGCGCUUCAGUGCUAACUGGAGCCCCUGCAGUCUCCUGUCCGGCGCCCUCUCAAAACUAGCUCAUUCCGAGCCCUGCGCUUCACGCGCCUUUUCAAGAGUGACCGGACGCCUUUUGUAAUGUGCUGCAGGGCCACUCUCCAGACCCCAUGGGGUGAAGUGAUGAUGAUGAUGAUGGCUCAUCGCACAACCGACGCUUCGGCGGUCGUUUUCACGUCCUCUCGAAGCCUCUACCGAAAUGUAAUCGACCCCCAAAAAAAAAAAAACACGUAUGUGUGUUUAUCUAAGAAUUUAAUAUAUAACUAAAUAUAUAUUAAAUGUGUGUAAUGUAUACAUAUAUAUUUCCAAUGAGUUCCGCUUCGAAGGUCUGUUUUAUUUCACGUCGAUCAUGUUUAAGGAUAGAUUGCAGAGGAUAAAGAUGGUGGUUCUUUGGGAGAGAGCACCCUUCUGUCGUCCCCAGCCCUCACUUUGAAGAGAGCGGCGGUCUUCGUUUAGCAUUCAGAAGCAGGCGUUUCCUAGACUCACAGCAGAACAUUUGGCAACAUGUCAAAUAUGGCCUUUAUUAAUGCUUCGGUACUUCUUUGGGGCGAAAAGAAUGUGUGUGUGGUUUGCCUCAAAGUAGCAUGAUGUGUGUGUGUGUGUGUGUGUGUGUGUGUGUGUGUGUGUGUGUGUGUGUGUGUGUGUGUGUGUGUCGGGCCAAUGACUUAGCUAGUAGGGUUGGGACGUGAUGGCUGACCUAACUCACUGGUUGACCAUUUGACUUAAAACCCCGGUGAAAAGCGAAGCUGUGUUUGACUGUGUUGUUGUCUAUGUGCAUCAUUUUCUACGGUGGGUAGCAUUGUUUCCUACAUCGAACCACCCCUGAUCAUCUCGUCCAGUGAUUCCGAUGCCCAGACUGGGAAGCCUGUGUUUUUUUGUUUUUUCAGUAAGACUGUUUUUAGAGGCAAGUCCUGGAUCUGCUGUCAGAGCCAAUCAAUCGAAGCCACCUAGGAGGUCCCGGUUGGCCCAUGUCCCAACCCCUCUUCUGUGCAAAAUGAAUGUGGAAUUAAUAUAUUGCUCAGACGUUUUCAUUCUUCUUCCUCCUCAAAUGUAGUGCCCUCAAGCAAGAGUCUGAAUGGGAGAGGCAAAGUGUACGGAAAUGUAAUGGUGAGAGAAAAAGGAUUGAUGGAUUCUAAUAAAGAGGCCCAGUACCGGGUCAAGAUUCUAUGAUACAUUGACAUCAGCUUAGACAUGAGGAGAGCUUCGUCUGCGAUGUGCACCGAAGCUGUUCAGCGUUGUGAGAAAAAUGUGUCAUCGAUUACUUUAAUAAUAUAUUAUUAUUAUGAUCAUUGUUGUUAUUAUUAAUUCAGAAGUGCUUUACUGCUGCUACUAUUGUUAGUGCUAUACAAUUAAGCCUUAAAUGUACAUUUUGUGAAUAUUGUUUAACCGCUCUUUUUUUUUUUAAAGUGACAGUAUCUCAUAUUGUAUUCUUUAUUUGGUGAUGUAACACACUUGAACAUGCAAGCAGCUUGGGGCUGUGCAAUUCAAGCCGACUUCAAUUGUUUUCCCAUUUUUAGGAAAGUGUUGGCCUUUAGAGGAAUUAUGAUGACAUCGUAAAUGGCACUGUCCCCGCAGAUUGACCUAAAUGGUAGCAUCAGCAAAACAAACAAUGUGAUAGAUGAAGACUAACAGUGUCGGAACUCGUUCAGAAAUCUGUAUUGUAGAUGCCUCCACUUUUAAUCUAGAUUAUAAUUGUGUGAGCUUUGUCAUUUAAGGAUUUGACUUAAUUGCACAGCUGCAACUAAGCCCAGUAGCUUAGUGAACAAGAGCAUCUUGAGACGCACACCCAAAACAUUGAUGAGUUGCAGCCCCCCAAAAAAAAAGAAAAUGGCAGGAGGGGGGGGUUCACAUUCUAUAUGACUCUUAUUUCUAAAGCGAGUAAGCCUUUCUUUUUCCUAUAGAGGUAUUACAACCAGUGUUUGGGUCAACGCAACAGCCGUGUUUGUGGACCAGUUGGGAGUGUGGGAAUUUUUCUCUGGUUUCCCCAAAUUUGUUAAAACACUCCCCUGUUGAAGGAGGACUAACACAUCUUUCCUCUGUAACUGGGGUUGAAAUGUUACUGAAACCUUCCCAGAAUUCCCAGGUUUCCCAGAAAUCCCAGUUGGAGGAUAAGAUAGCCUCCCUGCUCAUUACCUCCUGAUUCCAGGGGAAAAUGUUGCAAUCCUAAUCUGUUACUCAGAAAUACCGUUUUGUACCCUAACCAGACAAGAGACUUCACAUGGACUGUUCAGACUCGUCUUGACUCUCUAAUGAGUUGGCAACAAAUUGUAAAACUAACCAAUGCACUCAUUGAAUUACAGCAGGUGCACCUCGUUCCUGUCUGUCUACGUGGUAGGUCUUCGUUCACUUUUGAGUUUUGCUGUGUUUUCAGAUUCAGUAGGGCCUUCGGAGUUUGAACGCCAUCCACAAACCUCUAUUUUUAGGGAGCCCAUACCGAUGAAUAUCCACACGUAUUGAAUUUACGAAAGUAGCCUAUUACUAAAUUGUCAUUAAAACUUGCAUAUCAUUUUGUGCUGACUUCUAUUACAUUGUUGGUUCAAAUGUAUAUAUAAAAAAAAAAGAAAUGGCACUGGCUCACAUUCCUAGAUGAUUC